AACCAGGCUGGCAUGCUGCGUCUGUAGAUCUGUGUAUGCAAUGUAAAAUCAAUCUGCAUAUGAAGCCGCGGCUAAAAAUGUUUUCUGAAUAAUUGCUUCCGACCUCCUAAGACGACGGAACACCAGAAACAAGAACAGAGCAGUCUUGGUUUUUUUUAUUGAGAAGUACAGAGUCAGAGUAUCUUCAAGUCACCAUCAUAUGCCUAUUUCUUGGACGUCUCCCCACCUUCGGAACACGGGGCGAAAAUAAAAUGCCCGACCUCAAAGCGAUUUCGGAAAAGCUACAAACUUUAUGGUUUUUUAGUACUAGAGUAGUCAUUCUGAAGCCAUAUGUUCAGGUUCGUUUCUUUCCCCACUCCACUUCAUCGUAACUUACCCCCAGAAUCGGUAGAUUAUUAUUAUUAUUAAGUUCUUCUCACCUGAUGUCGCCCACUUUGAAUCGUGGUUCUUCACGUCAUUUUUCUAGGACUUAGGUUUCUAAAUAGGAUUAUAUCUUGUUAUUUGAGUGGUGGUUGUUUAGUAGCAAACGCAAAAGCUACCUCUUCUAAGCAACCGAACCCUAGACUCCCUGUCAGAGCGGGAGUGGCAGUACCUGUUGAAGCCGGAAGCCGACCUCUUAGCUGAAAAAGCGAAGAUGGCGAAUUUAGAUGUGUCGAGAUUGCGCGCCAACAACCUGGACAGUAUCAACAUGGCAGCGAGUACCAGUAGCAGUUUCUAUCCUGGCUCAGCACUGAACACGGCUAGAGGCGAGAUGUCACCUGGUGGUAUGUCUACGAUGACAACCGGGACAAGCGCAACGGGGAUGAUUUAUGACCCUUGUCGUGUUGGUCAGUUGAAGGAGAAGGUCGCAGUUCUGUAGUUGUACAGAGAAUGAAGAAAGUAGGAAAAUAAUGUAAUUUUAAGGUACAACGUCCAGCUUCAUUUUGAGCAAAUUCAGUCGCAAACGGGAUUAAUCGGCAGAAGCUCUUCAGAUGGAGAUAUUAGACAAUGGUGAAGUAUCUUCGACACUCAUGUUAGUUCAACAACUAGCCCAGGGCUUACCAAUUUGGGCCUUUUCAACGCAAGCCGAUGAAUUAUUGUAGUUUGUUCCUCCCAUGGUUAUAUUUCUACUUCAUUCCCAAGCCGGUCAAGUUGCAGCGCAGCAGAUUGCUAUGGGGAACAGUGAUCCCUUCGCUUUGAUUGGUGGCGCCUUAAACCGCUACAACAGUGCGAAGAGCAGACGCGAUAUGCGCUUGUUCAAAGACCCACAGGACCCAAGAUGUCACGAAUAUUAUCGUGCUAGGUACUGGGAGGUUUGAUGUCAUGAACUACGUUAUUGUGUUAGGUACUAGGGAGCAGUACUAUCCUGGGAGUACUAUCCUCUAUCCUGGUGGUAGGUCGGGUGCAGUAGGUAUAUUGAUUUCUGUUCCUUCUACGCAACGGCAACUUGUUUCCGUUUCCAGUUUCCUAUCUUACAGACUUUCGCAUCCACCUUACGUAAUAGUUUUCGAUCUGACACGUCACUUCACGAUCCAACAGAUUUCCAGACUUCGACGAAUUUCUUGAAUGCCUAGCUAGUGUGGACUACAAAUACGAAUGCGAGCACGACGCCAAGUUUGCAGACAAAUAUCGGAUUCCACCAACCAAAGAGCCCAUAGUCAAGCUCAAAGGGCAUUUGAAAGGUGUCGACUCGUGUGCCUGGCUUGGCAAGAGCGGGAAAAGCUUUAUUAGCGGUGGCCACGACGGGUUGCGGGUGUGGAGUGAGGGGAGAGGGAAUACAUGUAUCAUUUUUUGUGUCUAAUAAAUUUUAUAGGCACUAAAUAAAACAACCGGUUCGUUUUUACCUCUAGCGUGUAGCCCUUCUAAGAAUAUAGGAAGAUGAAUGAGUCAGCUACUUGCAUUGCGUCGAGUUGUUAUUGAUUUCCGGUAAGGGUGCUCCAUUAUGAUCAUCAGGGGCCAAUCUAUCAAUCUUUCGUAGACGACAUGUGGCCACGACUUAAGUACUUCGGAGACCCUUCUAUUUAUAUUGUUCUCCAAACAUGAUCACAACAAUUACAUUAACAGUAACUGGCGGCAUUGGUGUAUGUCAGGAGCUAAACUCCUUACCGAGUUACGAUCUAGCAGUAACGAAGGAUGAAAAAUGGGCUUUAUCUGGUGGACCAUGCAUAGAAGAUUUCCCAGAGACUUCAAAAGGGACACUCAGUAUCUUCGCACUGGCACAGGAAAAUGGAGUGCCGAAGCUGGUACUGAACUGGCUCGUCGUAGACAGAGAGCGACAAGUCGUACAGCAGAUCUUCUUGUACGUUGCUUAGAUCGUGUAGUAUUAUAGGCCAGACUCUCUCUGUCUCUGCCUGUUCAAUAUGCAUAGUUCUCUUACAGUAAGAAAAUUUUCCUCCACUCCCACUGAAUCCCUCACUCCAAACUCUAUCAGACUCUCCGUCUCCAAUCACGUGCUGUGAAUGCCAACGUGCACACAGUCGAUUGGGCAGGAACUAUGGCUUUGGCGGGUGACGCGACUGGCGGUGGUACUGUACUAGACGUUGAACGUAAUCGUACCGUAUGGUCUUGGGAUUGUCAUGUGGGGUACACAGACCCCACGACCUACAUCGGAACCGGGAGCGCAGUGACGGGAGCGAAGUUUUCCCAGGUUAGUGUCGACAGAAAUUUUUGGAAUUUUCGUAGUUCAGCUGUUGCUCGUUGGCUUAUUUGCUGAGGAAGACAUUGAUGAUAUUCUUUUUAUUUCACCAAACAUCCUGUAGUCAUGACACUCAAACCAUAGGCCUCCCCGAACACGUUUGCUACAUGCGGAAAAGAUGGGCAUAUCAGAAUAUGGGAUUUGAGGGUGAACAUGCAGAAAGCCUUCUAUCUUUCUCCAAGUGUCGCUGCAAAUAUGGUCAGCUAUAAUUAUGGCAUCUUUAUUGAGAAGGUGCGCUAUUUUCACCAAAAACCAAACCAUGGAGUGAGUAUUCAGAAAUACUUUGCUUCUAUUAUAGUUCGUAUUGCGGUCUACCGUCUCUUACCCUAGCCUACUCCUAUCCUUUCCUUCAUGGUCUACAGGAUGGUGAAGAGUUGUUGGUCAAUUGUCACCGGACUCGACGUCAUGCGUAGGUAAAAAGAAACUGAUCACUUCCUCUAAUCUGAAUCUGUCUUCGAGUUACGUCAUGCGCACGACCGACAGGCAGUUAUGGGCUUACAGUGGGUAGACGGUAACACCCUGCUAUCCUGCGGUAACGAUAAUAAGGGCAAGAAGUGGGACUUGCGGUCUGGGGAAUUUACGGCCGACGUGGGAGAAAGCUAUCUGGGACAUAUUGCGUCGGUAUAGGAUUUUCUUGGUGGACAGACUUGGGAGGAUAUUAUUGGUAGGACAUAUUGCGGCAGUAUUAUAGGACAUUACUUUUCACAAGAUCAACGUCCUUAGCCUUUGUCCCCACUACUACACGUCAUCCCCCAAUACUACUGCAGGUCCGCUCCAUUUCCGUCUCCCCAGACGGAAAGUACGCCUCAACUGCUUGUGAGGACGGUUCUGUGCGUUGCUUCCGCAUCAACGAUCUAGCACUCCGCAAAGACAAACUCAAGGCCACACUCGACAAGCGAAAGAAGCUUGACAUCGACAGUAGCCCAGAGACGAGGAAUAGACAAAGGAAAAAACUGACAGAACAAGCUCAAGGGAUGGCGAAAGACAUCGCCAGAAUAAAGAUCGAUGGAUUCAGCGAUGGAAUUGUAUUUCUCAUAGAUUUAAGUACCUUGAUGUUUAAGUUUUCACUACAUUUACGCUUACGUAUUGCCAGGUUCACGCUUUUAUGCUUGCAGGAGUAAGAUGCUUUUACUGCUGGAUUAUCUUAAAGUUUAUUGUAACAAACCUCAACUUUAAUAUAAUCUUCGAAAACACUCUUUCAGGUAUCACCAACAGAUUUACCCUCGACCCAACUAUCUUUUAGGUAUCCCUCAUCGGCCAUAGCCUCGCAGUUUCCAGUGUCCAAUGGAUGCGCGACCCACUCAGCUCACGCGGGGACAGAUAUCGUCUGCUCACCUCCUCGUGGGAUCAAACGUGCAAUAUGCAUGACGUCGAUCUGACGCCGGAUGAUGCUUUCUAAGUAUGCUCUGGCCUUGAAUUGUUAUCAGUAUUAGUCUCUACGGGCACUACGGACAGUGUCAUCAGAGGCCCAUACAUCUGGUGAUGGGAAAAGACAGACACUUACGAUGGAGUCUUUGCGAAGAAGUCUUUGUAGUAACAGUACUAUUGGGUAGAAUGUAAAGUAUAUUGAAAGUGCUAUUUCUCAUUGGUGAAAGAAUAUUACAAAUACUGGAAAAUCAAUUACAAUUACUUAUACAGGGUAAGUAGCUGUCUUCACAAGUUUCCAUGUCAAUCGAAUUAUGUCUUCACUCAUCCGGGAAUGAUUGUUAAUCAGAAAUGUCCCUCAAGCUACAUGUGUAUUGAAAAAGAUCUUUUGAACUUGAUUACUUUUUUGUCCGUCAACUGUCUGCUGCACCCUUGGGGUGGGUUCCGAGUUACGGAUUCCCUGAAGACGCGGAGAAAGAAUACUUGGUAUUUGCUUUCGAAUUGCUGAAUAAGCUAGGAGUGGUCAAGUUCAGAUCACCGGAG